UCAAGCAAAGUGCAGCAAUACAGAGAUCUCUCUGAAUUCACACGCUGUAAAUUAGCAAGGAGCAACAGGAAUGGUAUCUGGUGAAAACCACACAGACCAUGGAAGGCUUCUUACCAAAAUCCUGUCCCAAACUGGGAAUAGAAACAGUAAAUCCCUCUCUGUAUCCAGUGCCAGGCAAGCGGAGAGUGUUACACGUCCUCAUUCCCCAACUGAUGACCAUCAAGAGAUGCUACGUUCAUGCAGAUACAUAACGGAGCUAAACUCAGACGAUGCCCAGCCAGAUUGGGUUGUAGAGAGAAGUAAGGUUCGUGUUGGAGAAUUAACCUUUUUUAAGCAGAAUUUGCUUUCAUCCAAACAGGUAAAACAGUUAGAUGAGAUCUCGCUUCCACGUCUGAAGCCAUCAAGACCAGAGAGUGGACCUCUUUAUGCAAGGAUAGAGAAACCACACCAGUACCUGAAGGCCACCUUACCCAAGUCAUCUGUAAAUGAGCUUGAUAUUGGUUGGAAGCCACAAAUAACAACCUACAAUGUUCAGUUUGGCAGGCCAACAAGAUCUAGUCUUUUACGCUCGGGACAUCAAUCUGCAGCAGUAACUAGAAACAUUCCGGCAAAGCAUGAAUUGCAGAAACCACCUCUGGAAUCCUGUGCAGGAAGGACUCUGAAGCAAAGCAAAAGGCUGCAAACGAUGUCUCUAGGAGAGACAGACCAUUCCUUUUUGGUUGGAGCUCGAUACAACAGGAAGUAUCUUGACUCCCAAGCGUUCCAGAAAUAUGGACUCUUCAUUUCCAGAAGCAAACACGGAGUCACUUUUCUUACUCAGUGCACCAUGGAACAUAAGAAAAGUAGUACUGGAGUCAAGGACUUGAUGCAAGAUUCAGUAGAUCUGGACAUCCACCACACUUUACGACCUAAAGACAGUGGAGAAGAAAAGAGGCACGUGACAUCAUCUGGAUUUGAAAAGCAAAACAAGAUUUAAUGUAGAACAAAUACUAAAGAUAGAAUUUCUGAAAUAGUUUUAAGGGUCAAAAUGAGGUCACUUUAAAAAUACAGUACAGUAUUAAAUAUAUCGAUUCUAAUAUGUAUAAAUUUCAUCUAAUAAUAUAUAUAUUUUUUUCUUUCUCUAUAUAUAUAUAGAUAUCAUUACAGAGAAAUGCUGGGAGUUCGAAAUACAAACAGAAUCAACCGCACUGAUAUUUCCUAAGGAUAUCCAUCAUUGUCAAAACCUCUUUACUGUAUUAAUAUCGUAUGUCCAGAGAAAAGAUUGCUGAAUGCUGGUGAUAUUAUUUUCUUAAUAUAAAUAUCAACCUAGGAGGUCUUUCAAAGAAAAUAGUUACAUACGAAAUUUCUGCACUGUUAUAAUAACCCGUAAUCAAUUCAUCAGAGUAAUUAACUUUUUGUUAUUCUCAUUCAAUUUCUUCCUAUUAAUACAGGUAUGACUUACUAAAAACUGAUUUAACUGUGCUUUGUGAAUGAUAAUUGUAGAUGUCAAUGAACUUUGCAUUAAUAAUAAAAUUAAGAAAAGUAAGAAUAUAGUAAAAAA